CCUAGUCAUCUCGGAACUCGGCAGGUCCCAUCCGGCGGCAAGUUCCGUUGCGGCUCCUUCCAAAGCUCCAAGCUGUCCUCACCGUCAAAGUUACCUUGAGCACCAGUACAGCAAGCACGUCAGGAUGACCUCCACCUCGUCGUCGAUAUCGUCGCGCGUUACGUUCGACACCGUCUUACCGCACUCAACCCUCAAUGCCUUCAGCGACGCGCACGGGCGCACGCUGCUCCUGCGCGGGCUCAACGUUUCCGGCGACGCGAAGUACCCCGUUUCCAACGCGCUGGCGGGAACCCCUGAGUUCUACGACGUGAGCAAUGUUUCGUACACGGGCAAGCCGUUUGUCGGCGAGCAAGAGGCGGGGCAAUGGUGGGCUCGCCUGCGCAGCUGGGGCAUCGGCGUCGUGAGGCUCGUCGUCUGCUGGGAGGCUCUCGAGCCAAGGGAAAUGGGCGUUUACGACGAUGAGUAUCUGGUCUACCUCCGUAUGCUUGUGCGAAAGGCGGAUGAGGCGGGAUUGCGCGUGUUUAUAGAUGGGCAUCAGGAUGUGUGGUCGCGGUUCACGGGUGGUUCCGGUGCGCCGCUGUGGACGUUUCAUCUCGCCGGACUCGACCCGACCAAGUUCUCGCAUAUAUGUGCUGCCGCCCUCGAUACGCCGAAGGAAAGUAGCAAGCUGUCGACGCCCUCCGGAAGGCUGUGGCCGACAAACUACUCCAAGUUCGCGGUCGCCACCAUGUUCACGCUGUUCUUUGCCGGCGAGGUGUUUGCGCCGAAAGCACUGUACUCCGGGUCGAAUGCGGAGUUCUUCGGGAAAAACAUUGGAUACGUCUUGCGUACUUCGUAUAUCCGUGCGUACGCACGCCUGAUGGAGGAGUUGAAGGAUUUCCCCAACGUUCUCGGCGUGGAUCCGAUGAAUGAGCCGCAUCCCGGGUAUAUCGGUCUUCCGUCGUUGCACUACUUCAACGAGACCACGGAUCUGCACUUGGGGUACAUGCCGAAUGCUCUGAGCUCGAUGACGCUGGCCGCGGGUGUGCCCACCAGCGUCCCGUACUUCUCUCGCAGCUGGCCACACCCUUCCAAGAUCACCCGCAACGAUAUCCUGAACCAAGACAGUAUUACCGCAUGGCUCCCCGGAGCAUCGGAUAUCUGGCAGGAUGAACGCGUGUUCACCAUCUCGCCGUCUGGAAACGCAGAGUUGGGUCCUAAGGGCCUCUCGUACUUCCUGAACCAUCCCACCACCGGCGCUGCGGUCGAUUUCGAGAGUGACUUCUACGUUCCGUUCAUCCGUUCGUUCCACCGUGCCGUCAUCGAUGCUGUCGUCGGAGGAAAGGCCGGGACAUGGCUGUUUGUGGAACCCGUGCCCAAUCUCGGUCCGCCGACGUGGACAUCUCCGCGAUCCCCGGCAAUCAAAGGCGAGGACGACUUCAUCUGCUACUCUCCGCAUUGGUACGACAUCCGCGCGCUAUACGAGAAGGGACUCUCGUACACCGUCUCGUUCGACGUCCUCUCCCUCGCCAAUGGCUCUCGGAACAUGUUGGCGCACUCGUACUUUGGACGACCGGGCCUGACCAAGAACUAUGCGGCCAACUUCCGCCGCUUCUGGAAUCAUCUCGACACGUUUCGCGCGGGCACCGGCACUCCCACGCCGAUCCUGAUCGGCGAGACCGGUGUCCCCUGGGACAUGAACAUGCAAUCCGCCUACAACACCGGCGACAUCCACCACCAACUGACCAUGACCGACGCGAUCCUGCACGCAAUGGAGCAAUCGGGCGCUUUGAACUGGACCUUCUGGAACCUGACGCUGUCGCACAGCACAUUAGGCACACCGUCAGCCGUUCACAACGAGACCUCGUCCCCGUUUCAGAGCGGCGACGCGUGGAACUCGGAGGACUUCUCUAUCGUCUCGUCGGACCCGAGCACCACCGAGCUACCCCUACAAAACUACACCGACACGGGCAUCCGUCCGCACGACCGCGGCAUCCCGCUGCAGCGCGCCGCGCACUUCGGCGAUCUAUACCGCGGGCUCCGCUGCGCCCCCGCGUUCCUCCGCCCGUACCCCUUCGCCACCGCCGGCGCAAUCGUAAAGUCCGAGUUCUCGCUCGAAAUCUGCCGCUUCGAACUGGAGUACCGCGUCCUGCGCGCCGCGGGAUCGGUGGACGAGAGGACCACCGACAUCUUCAUCCCCGCCUACCACUUCUGGGGCCGCAAGGUGCUCGCCAAGUUCUGGGUCCGCACUAAGGACAAGGGCGUUAGGGCCGAGGAGGUCCUGCUCAAGUGGGACUUUUUGGAGGGCGAUGCCGUCGCUGCGGUACGGUGGAAGUGGGAGUGCGGUAGCCAGUCGAUGAGGCUCGUCCAUGCGGCGGGACUGCCGGUUGGCGCGAUGGUGGGAGUCGUGCUUGAGGCCAGGAGGGAGGAGGAGGAGAAGGUGGGCUGGGCGGAGAUGAUCAGGAGCUGGGUCGUUUAAGUGGUUAUGGAGCGGAUAUAGAUGGCUUGUAGAUGGCUUAUGGAGCGUUUGAUUUGAUUCGAUACCCGACAGGGCUUUUGUAGAAGUUGCAGCAGUAACUAGUAGAUUGGAAUUUUGGACUGGAAUUUGAG